CAGCAGCACCCAGGCCCAGCACACCGGCCUGUUCCGCUGCAGGUACCUACACCGAACCCGAAAACAGACCUCCGUCUAUGUCUAUGUCACAGGUAAGACUCUGCUGCCCCGAGGUCCAAGAGCACAACUUCUUUUCUGUUUCUCUAGCUGCACUCAUUGAACACCCCUUCACGCCUUCACCCCCUCAUGCGUGUGUUUAUAUGUCCAGGUUAAACAGGACGUGGUGGGUGCUAAAUGCAGACCAAUGCCAGAGAGACAAUUAUAUCCCAACACUGUUUGUCCCAACAACACAUCCUUCGAGAUGACUCUGGCACAGUUUCAUCCCCCUCCUCCCCAGCCGCUCUUUUCUCAGCCUGGGCCUAUAUCUCCCUGUUGUCUAUAUAUAAAUCUUUUUUUACUUUCGUUUACGUGCUACCUCAAGGCCAGGAAUAACCCAGCUCCUGAAAGGCUCAGGCCUGGGCAGAGUUUCCCAGGGCAUCAGCCUUAUCUGCUCUGCUCAGCCUUGCUUGAAGCAUCCUGUGCUUGGGGGAGGAGGGGAAGGACUUGAAGGGGGUGUGCUGGGAGGGGAUGUCGCUGUGUCUCUCCCAAGGUGGUGGCGGGGAGGUGUGUGGAAGUAUGUGUGUGUGUGUGUGUGUGUGUGUGUGUGUUGUGAGGAACUGAGAAGGAUAAGAUGAAGGCCAGCGGCUCAGCGGUAUCAAGGGGUAGAGGAGGCAUGAUGUCUACCCAGCCAGCUCCUCCCUGUCCUGGAGGGUGACGCUGUUUGGGCUGGGCUGUGCAGAGCAUGGAGCUGGGCUGGAGGCCAGGGUCACAGGGCACGCUACUGUUUGGCCAACAGGACCCUCGGGGGCCAUCAAUCGCUCAGACAGCCAGCAGCCAUUUGUGGAACGUCCGGGUAUGAGCCCAGAUGUGUUGUACAUGAAGGAGACGCAGCCGCUGGUCAUCCCCUGCCGGGUCACCCACCCAAACGUCACAACCACACUGGUCAAGUUCCCCAACCAGAGCCUGAGUCGAGACCAUAGGAACAUUGUUUGGAACAGCAAGUACGGCUUCACCGUCCAAACUCCAACCUUCGAUUACAUUGGCCUCUUCUACUGCCAGACAAUCACUGAAGGCGUCACACAGAAGUCACGUAUAUACUUUGUACACAGGCCAGUGAGUAACAUCAUGGAGGUAUAUUUGAACAGCAGUGGACCUAUGCAGGCCCUGAAGGGAGAGAGAUUGGUCUUGAACUGCACCGCCAUCGGGGAGUUGAACACCAGAGUCAACAUCACCUGGGACUACCCUGGAAAGAAUAACAACACCGGCUCCACCUCCAAGAGGCUCCUGAAACACAGAACGCACAUGUUGUUCUACAAUAUUCUGACCAUCCCGAAGCUCCAGCGUUCAGACCAAGGCCUCUACACAUGCCGCGUGACCAGCGGGGAGAAAACCAAACAGCAGAAAAUCACUGUUACCGUCUAUGACCGUCCAUUUAUUCGCCUGAAGCCCAGACAUGGAUCUGUGAUUGAGGUACAGGCAGGACAGAAAUCUUACCGAAUCUCUCCCAAACUACGAGCGUUCCCUGCCCCUGAAGUCAUCUGGUUGAAGGAUGGCAUGGUGGCAGCAGAGCAAUGCUCCAGAUACCACAUGGAUGGGAGUUCCCUGGUAAUCCGGGACGUGGCAGAGGAGGAUGCUGGGAAGUACGCUGUCCUCGUACGAAUCCAGGAACACGGACUCUACCAGAAUCUCACGCUCACACUUGUGGUUAAUGUAAGUCCUCAGAUAGGGGAGAAAGCGGUGUCGUUGCAAGACCCGGGCUCAGUGCCACGGGGGAGCAGACAUGCCCUUCACUGCACAUCCCACGGAGUCCCUCCUCCACACAUCCAGUGGCUCUGGCAUCCCUGCCCGUCCAAAGGCCUGUGUGUGUGUCCAACGUCGUCCUCGCCAUGGAGCCCUGUGAUCGAGAGAAUCCCCGCCACGUCCAAAAGCAACCACAUCCUGAGUAUUGCGCACAGACAGGAAGUGCUUCAGGGAAAGAAUAAGACAGUGGGGGUCCUGACUGUGGCAGAGGCCUUUGUGUCUGGAGUGUAUCGCUGCGUUGCCUCCAACUCUGCCGGCACAGACCAGCUAGACUUCCACUUCUACGUCACAGACGUCACAGGGGGCUUCAGUGUGAGCCAGAGGGAGGAACCCAGAGAGGGUGGAGACCUCCAUCUCACCUGUGUAGCCAAUAAGUACCUGUACACAGAGCUGUCAUGGCAUCGAGUUAAUGACACUGAGGACGCCCAAUCCCGCAGCCAGCAGCUCACAUCGGGGGAGUUUUCCAAUUGUCUGGUCCUGUUGCUAAACAACCUAACAGCCAGAGACUCCGGAGCCUACAGCUGCUCCACCCGCCACCUGAUCACGGGACAGGAGACACACCUGGACACACAGGUGGUGGUCACAAUUCUGGAGCCUCCGGUGCUGCUUGACAAUCUGACAGAUUGUACCGUAAACGCCAGCACCUCAGUGAGCCUUAGCUGUCCCUCUGAAGGCAUCCCACCCCCUACUAUCACAUGGUACAAGGAUGAGCGUGCUCUGUCUCAGGGAUCAGGUAUUGUGAUAUCACUAGAAGAUGGGACCCUCCAUAUUGAUCGAGUCACAGCGGAGGACCAGGGCCUUUACACAUGCCAGGCCACCAAUGUGAGGGGAUCUGCAGAGAGCUCUGCUUAUAUAUGGGUAAACGGGGCCACAGAAGCCUCUUUCCUGGAGAUUCCCGCACUCACCUGUACCUGUGUUGUGGCCGCUCUAUUCUGGCUUUUGCUGACGCUCUUCAUACGCAAACUGAGACAGCCCAGUGGCGCAAACACCAAACCUGAGUACCUGUCAAUCAUUGUGGACAGCGGAGAGGGGCCAAUAGAGGAGCAGUGUGAGAGACUGCAAUACGACCCGCACCAAUGGGAGUUCCCUCGGGAGCGGCUCAGAUUAGGGAAACCUCUGGGCCGUGGAGCCUUUGGUAAGGUGAUACAGGCAGCUGCGUUUGGUAUAGACAACGCCACCAGCUGCAGCACUGUGGCUGUUAAGAUGCUCAAAGAGGGAGCUACAGCCAGCGAACACAAAGCUCUGAUGACUGAACUGAAGAUCCUCAACUACAUUGGACAUCAUCUGAAUGUAGUGAACCUAUUGGGAGCCUGCACCAAACUGGGAGGGCCACUGAUGGUCAUUGUGGAAUACUGUCGCUAUGGAAAUCUUUCUACCUUCCUGAAGGGAAAGAGAGAUGUGUUUGUGCACAAGACGCCUGCCAGAGGAAAGGAUGGAGGGCCAGGUUGUGUCGCCAGCAUGUCUGAGUUUGACGAGAGAGAUAAGAAAGAAAAUCACCUCAAUCCCAAAUCUGCCUCCAACCCUCCUUUAUUCCUGGAGGAUCUCAUCUCUUUCAGCUUCCAGGUGGCGCGAGGAAUGGAGUUUCUGGCCUCUCGCAAGUGUAUUCACCGAGACCUGGCAGCCAGGAACAUUUUGCUUUCCGACAAUAAAGUGGUGAAGAUCUGUGACUUCGGCCUGGCCAGAGACAUCUACAAAGAUCCCGACUACGUCCGCAAGGGAGAUGCCCGCCUCCCUCUGAAGUGGAUGUCUCCAGAGGCCAUCUUUGACAAGGUGUUCACCACGCAGAGUGACGUGUGGUCCUACGGCAUUCUACUGUGGGAGAUCUUCUCUUUGGGAGCUUCUCCAUACCCUGGUCUUCACAUAGAUGAGGAGUUCUGCCACAGACUGAAGGGAGGAACAAGGAUGCGAGCUCCUGAAUACAGCACACCUGAGAUUUACAGCACGAUGCUGGCAUGCUGGGAGGCCAGUUCCUCAGAUCGACCCACCUUCACUAACCUGGUGGAGACACUGGGAGACCUGCUGCAAGCAAGGGUUCAGCAGGAUGGUAAGGAUUAUAUUCCUCUGGGAUCUUUCAUAACUGGAGACACUGAUCGCAGUGAGACCUUCAAAGAAAACGUGCUUGCAGUCACAAACCUGAGUUACAUGAGGGGCAUGGCGACACUUCAGACGUUUGAGGAACUGCCCUGCAAAGAGCCAGACAGCCCUGAUGAUGAGCAGAGUGACAGCGGCAUGGUCUUACCAUCCGAGGAAAUGAAGCGUCUGACGUGGAAUAAUGGCACCAAGAUCAGGAAACUCAGCAGGUUCUUUGCCUUCACUAAGUGCCGGGACCAACAGGUGCCUUUCCUGUGCAAUAACAUCACAGGUCUCUGGGACAACAACCCCUCCAUCUUGCCGUGUGAUUGGGAGUCUGACGAGGGUUCCUCUCCUCCUCCGGACUACAACUCUGCUUUUCUCUACCCUUCCCUGUAGCAUCUGUUCUUGGACAACUUUAUACAGGGUAUACUUUUUCCUGCUCACAAUCUUUAGUCAACUAGAACUUAUUCUGCUUUUGAACUUUGCUGUUAGCAUCCUCUACCUCAUUAUAUCUGCAUGUAUUCAUCGGCCCUCUAUUUCCUCCUUCAACCCAACUUAAAAGACAAUUUCUCUAGAUUUAACACAAAACACUACUUUGCUUUUCUUAAGUUCACAAAAUACUACGAUGUUGUACAACAAAGCCUCUACAGUAUUACCAAGUAAUGUCUUGCAAUACCACACAUAACCCCUUCCCAGAGCAGCUAAGUAUUACCUGGUUGUACUUAUGCAGUUAUGCAGAAUGUAUUUACUGACCUACAACUAUUAGAGCUUAUUGUAUUGGUACCUCAUGUGCUGAGCUUUGUUAAGAGGAACACUGCUGUAUAAAAUAAUGGUUCCUCCUACACAGCUGUUAUAUGUUGGAAAAAAAAGUUAUUAUCCACUGAAUUAUAGUAUGUUUUAGACAGGAUGUAUCUAUCUGUAUUUAUUGUAAUGCUGCAAUCAUUUCAUUGAUUAGUCUGUAUCUUACUGUGAAGGUUGAUAAACACUCAGUUGCCAUAAGUUUAUUUUCACGAAGGUUAUAAUGUUCAGUUUAACUACCCCAAUAGUAUCAAUGGGGAUGGACAAAAUAUGUGAAACACCACUCAGUAAGACAAACUACAGUCUGCAAAAUCAACAAAACAUUGAUUGUAUGGGCUGCUAUAUUAGACUGAGUUACAUACCUAAUAAACUGGCAACUGAGUGUAUAUUUAAUUCUAUACUAAAGUAUUCUUAGAUAUGGAAUCAAGUCAAAUCCGUGUAUGCUGUUUUUUAAUAUAUAUUUCUAUUUACAAAAAACACUGAAUGCAUGAGCAAUGGUGUUGAUUAGGGCUGAAAUGAUUAGUUGAUCAAGAGAAAAUUAUUAGGCAACUAUUUUGAAGUUAUUUUUCAAGCAAAAAGACCAAACAUUCCCUAGUUCCAGCUUCUCAACUGUGAGGAUUUGCUCGUCCAGUGACUUACUUAUUUAUGGGUUUUGGACUGUUUUGGACAGACGAAACAAGACGUUUGAAGAUUGUUAACCCUUUUUCUACUGAAAUAUAGACCAAACGAUCGCAGCAGAUUUAUCGUUAAAACUAUUUUUAGUUUGCAACCCUACAAAACAUAGAAUCAAGUGAUACAUCUCUAUAAUAUCUGCAUCUUAUCCACUUGUGUAACUUACCGGCUUUUUUGAUGCUUUUAAUGGUUUUAUGUGAAGCACUUUGAAUUACCUUGUUGAAAUGUGCUCUACAAAUAAACUUGCCUUGCUGGUAUUUUCAGUUUUAAAGAUAAUCAAUCAUUGAAGCGUACAAUUAUAACCCAUUUUUUAAAAAUCCACCUCAUAUGUUGUUUUUACAUUUUUAUAAACACGUUUUGAAAUAUUUCAUGUAUAGGUUAAAAGCUGCAAUGUACCCAAUUGCAAAACAAGACGAUAUCAUGCAUGUAUCAGUUUUGGUAUUCUUUAUUAAAAUACUGCUGUACACACAAAUAUUGCAAAAUUUGAGACAAUGAACACAAGAGGGGCAUAAAACAUACUAAGAUGGUGA